AUGGCGGAAAAGAGAUUGAUGAUGGAGCUUCAGGCUCUCCAGAAGGAAAAGUGGGUUCACAUUGACGUGAACGAAGCGGAUAUCAAGAGGUGGACCGUCGGUCUCAUGGUGGUCAACCCCGAUAGCGUCUUUUCAGGAGGCUACUUCAAGGCCGACAUGUCGUUUCCCUCUGACUACCCCUACCGACCUCCGACCUUUCGUUUCCAAAAGCCCGUCAUCUACCACCCCAACAUUUACACCGACGGCCGCCUGUGCAUCUCCAUUCUGCACGCCCCCGGCGAAGAUGAGAUGUCGGGCGAGCAGGCCUCAGAGCGGUGGUCCCCUUGCAGGGCGCCGAGUCGGUGCUUCGAUCGGUGCUGCUUCUUCUCGACACCCCCGAGAUCAACUCCCCGCCAAUGUGGACGCCUCCGUGACGUACCGAGACCACCGCGCCGACUACGACAGCCGAGCCCGGCAGAUGGCGGACCAGUCCCGCAAGAACAUUCCCGUCGGCGUGGUGUUCCCGACGAGCGAGGAGCUCGCGGCACCCCGACCAAGAGCGGGCUUGACGACGACGACUUUAUGAAUGAGACGGAUGAGGAGAGCAUCGGAGGCAGCGAUUCGGACAUGGACGACUUUGACGACGAUUUUGAAGAAGAGGAAGAGGACGAUGAGUAG